AUGGACGAGAGCAGCAGUGGAGGCUUCGCGUUUCGUGGGGCUCCUAAUAGCGCGCCGGACGGCUUUCUUCGUCCAGCAAGCAGUAUUAAAGAGCUGAAGGAGCUCGUGCGCAAGGUGAUCUCCUUCAAAGAUCUGCGCCUCGUCAGCACCGACGGCUGCGAGGACUACACGGAGGCUGACCUCUGGGCCGAGCGGCGGCGCUCCAACCCCUCGUCCAAUGGCCCCUCCAGCAGCAGCAACAUCGACGCACACAUCCCGUCGGGCGUGACAGUGGACAAUGGCCGGCUGGCGGUGGUGAUGGUGGGGCUGCCCGCGCGCGGCAAGACGUUCCUGUGCAAUAAGCUGCUGGCGUACCUCAAUUGGCUGGGCCACCCCACGUCGCACUUCAACGUGGGCAACUACCGCCGGAGGCAGCGCGGGGACGAGCGGCAGGAUGCGUCCUUCUUCGACCACAACAACGCGGUGAGGGGGUGCGGGGGGUGGCGCGGGGGUGACGUAGGGCAGGCGGGCCGUGCGGCGCGCGAGCUGGCGUUCAGGGCUGCGCUGCAGGACAUGAUCUCGUGCCUGGUGCAGGACCGCUGCCAGGUGGCAAUCUAUGACGCCACCAACAGCACUUGCGAGCGCCGGGCCGUGCUGGCGAGUGAGCUCAAGGCAGCGGGGCUGCGAUUCCUGUUCAUCGAGUCCAUCUGCAACGAGCCGCAG